AUGUAUCGCUCGACACUUCCAUUGACUCAUCUAGAGCGUAUUUCAAAGCAUUUGCAAGCAUCCCACAUUCAUUGAGUCAGUUCUUACUUGGAGUUUGCUUGUAUCACUUGCAUCUUUGUUAUAUAAUAUUUUUUUGAAAAUCAUGAAAUUCGCGCCAAUUUUCUUCGUUUUUUGUCUUUUUAUCGCUUCUGCCAUCGGAGCUGACAACAUCAAAUGUUACGAAUGCAAGUCCGCGACGAACAAAAAAUGCAUCGACUCGCCCAAAGAAGUCAACAAAGUUGAAUGUCGCAGUUCGAAAACGUGCGCCAAGUAUACGAUGACGGGUCCAACGGGUGUUUUGGUAGAGCGCGGAUGCAGCGAAUCCCUCACGUGGGACAAAAUCUGCUACACAGCGGGCGUCAAUGCGAGUUACAAUGCCAUGCAAAUCUCUUACGAGACCUGCAACUCGAACAAAUGUAACUCCUCAUCACGUUUAACGACAGGAUUUUUCGUGAUUUUUGUCGGUUUUUUGAUGAUUUUCGCGAAAAAUGUUUAAAAAAAGAACUUUUUGAACCACCAUCACGCCAAAUAAAAAAAAAAUAAUAAAAUUCUAAUUGCACUUUGAA